AAAUUAUCAGCACAACAAAUAUAAUAUUUAUCCCAAAUAUUAGAUCUAAAUCUAAAGUCUAUUUUUUUUUAGUGGUGGCAGAGAUUUGCACUGAAUACUCGAAAGUGUUUCUUUGAAAUAGUACAUUACCAAGAAGCUGUACACCACACUUGAAAGAUGCAAUGUUUAUACCAGCUCCUGCUGUUGUUUUGGAAAAACUAUUUACUGCGAUGCAGGAUGUAUCCCCUGUUUGAGAUCUUUUUCCUGGUACUGGCCAUAGCGCUCAUCCUGAUCAAUCGCAUGCAGCACGUGAACUCAGUAGCCACCUCUCUGACCUACAACAUGUCCAGCCCCGUGGAGGUCAACGUUCUGCAGCGAGGGGACCAGUACGGCCUGUAUUCGGGCCACGUGCUCAUCGGGUAUGCUCCACUUUGCCAGGCCUCGCAGCUGCUGAUGGAAAGGGUUCGGGGUCUGUUUAUAAGUUACGGAGUGCCAGAAAAUGUCACUGACGUUCGAAUGGUCGGCUUCCACUCGGAGUACUCGAUGAUGGAAUAUGCAGAGAAGUAUCCCAAUGUUCUCCAGCACUCCUAUGUGUUCACUCCUCUGACUGUCUACAAUCAUAACUUACCGCAAAAACUUAAGAUUGUCAUUCGUCCUGUAGUUCGGUUUGAUUGGAUGGCAUGGCGUCAGAAUCCAGACUAUCUCAGCUCCGGAGAAAUGUAUAUGAUGAGACUAUUCAUGGAGGCCCUUUCCUACUACUGGGUCGACAGACCGAACAGUUUCAGAGUCUUCAUCCGAGAGCUCUGGCGGGAACCCCAACGCCAGGACCCAAUUCUAGAUCGGUACAUGAUUAAUAGGGUGACCACGUACAUCGUGUUUCUAACUGUCAUCCUCAUUGCACGCUUCGUCUACACGUUGUCAAGGGAGAGAAACAGCUUCAUUCUGAAAACGAUGAACAACCUUGGUGUCCGUAGCGCCACCUACUGGGUGUCUUGGUAUCUCUGGAUGUUUAUGGUCUUCGGCAUCUUCACCUUCUUCCUGGCGGUUGUCCUGGUGGUGCCGCUGGUAGGCAAGGAUCCCAUAUUUGCACUUACCUCUUCGGCGUUCGUGUUCCUUCACUUUUUGAGUUUCUCUGCCUGCAUUCCCUCCUACUGUAUUCUGGGCAGCGUACUUUUCCCCGAAGUUAAGACAUGUGUAGCCAUGGCUUGUUUUCUAUACAUCUCACUGUUUUAUUUGCUCCGGAACGUGACUACAAUGGACAGCGCCUUCAACCUGCUGAUGAACAUCAGUCUCUCCAAUGGACUUGUCAUCAUCGCCUUGGCAGAGAGGCUGGGUGAAGGCAUCAAACUCAGCACAAUCCACACCAUCCCAGCAUCUUUAAACUUCUCGCUCUUGACUGUAGAGAUCUGCACCUACGUGGCAGCCAUAAUCUACUUACUGCUGGCUUGGUUCAUUCACACAUUCAAUUUCUACAGGAUUAUAUGGAAACAACAAUGGCUAUAUAAAAGUAGCAAAAAGAUGACUGCAUCGCGGGAUUCCUCCAAUGAGUUCAAACAGUAUCAAGAGAAGACACCUGAUUAUGACGUAUCUAUCCAAGUGAAACAGUUAUCGGUAUUCGGUGAACAUGAACUGAUUAACCUCAAUCUGAACCUGUAUGAAGGGCAGAUAACUGUGCUAGUCAGCAGCUCGGGAAAAAACCCGCUCUUAGACAUACUGGCCGGUAACAUAAAGCCGACCUAUGGUAAGGUCACUGUCUACGAUAUGGACGUUGUCAAGAAUAUCAGGAACAUUCUGGAGAUGACAGCUGUUGGAUCCCACGAUCAGCUGGCGUUGUACACAGGCCUGACAGUCCGGGACAAUCUUAGAAUAUUUACUUACCUCAAACGAACCAAACCAAAUCAAGGAGAAAUAAACAUCACAAAGAUCGCCGAUGAAUACUUUUUGACUCCUCUCCUGGACAAGAGAGUGUCCAAGUUAAUGCCCUCAGAAAAGAGAAUGCUGCAGGUAGCGAUAACACUUGCUGGAUCGUGCAAGCUCAUCGUAUUGCAAGAGCCCACACUGGACAUGGAUUCGACCACAUCUCACAGGUUCUGGAACAUUAUUUCCCGGAUGAAGCAGGACCGGACAAUCGUAGUGUCCACCAAAACGCUGGAACUGGCUGAAAGGAUCGCUGACCGAAUGGUUUUCUUCGUCGGAGGUCAUAUGAUAUGCAGCGGAAGUGUUCCUUUUUUGCGAAGGCUUGUAGGCGCUGGCUAUUACUUGACCCUCAAACUGGCCAAAGAAAUUCGAGCUGACCGCAUCAAGCGCGCUGUCCGUCUGCAUAUCCCCGAGGCCACCGUUCUUAACGAGAAGGUGGGUCUCAUAGUCUUUCUUCUACCACUCGAAUCGACGCCCCUGUUCUAUGGGCUGUUUACGCUCUUUGAGAGGAACAAGAAAGACAUGUACAUAGAGAGCUUCAGUAUCAGCGCCAAAACGAUUGACGAAGGUUUCAAACGGCUUCUCUUUAAAAGUAAACGGAAGGACAGCGACCUGAGAAACCUCUUGUCUGAGAGUAGUCUUUGCUCCUACUCACCAUUGAACAAAUACAUCAAGGAUAAGAUAGCAAUCCAGAACAGUCAGAAGCUGUUCAAAUAUUCAGCAAGCUUUCACACCAGUGACGUCAACAUUCUCGGCGCCAAAGGCUCAUCAGUGGACGCCUCUGAUACGACAUGUACCUCCAGGAGAAAUACAACAGAGACAGAGAUCAGAGAGAUGUUCACGCCUCUGUUUGUAACCGUCAACAAAUUGAACAAAGGGAAAUUAACAGGAUACAGACUUCGAAUCGCCCGGAUUUUUGCUUUAAUGGGCAAGAAGAUGCUCUUCAGUUGCAGGACUGUAUUAGUGGAGGUGUUACAGGUCACUCUAACUGUGUUACUUGCCUAUGCUGGAAGACAGCUGGAGGUCGGGGGUUUGGGUCGAACCCUGUCGCUGAAUGUCGGAAAUAAAGAUCAGCGGAACGCCUUUAUUACCGUGUCACCCAAGACUGCCGAAGACGAGUGGACCAAAACUCUAGUGCAGACGUUCUUGUCUAUUGUGACUGUGCACGACAACACAGUAGUUCAGUAUGACGCAGGAAACACUACGCUUGAAAACGUCCUAUUGACGAGAAAUAGGCUGGUGUCACUGUACGGGUUCGGCGCAGAGUUUCACCAUCACAGCGGCAAGCAUAACAUUUACGAGGGCACGUUGUGGCAUUCAUCUACCUCCGAGGUGAAAUACACGGAGCCGCCCAUGGCUAUGUCAGCACUCCUAAACACUUUCCUGAGAAUGUCCACCAAAGGGGAUCAUUUUGUAGAGUUUGAAGUUCUUCCAUCCUGGCUUCACAGAGGAGAAGAGGCCAAGUACUUCCAGAACCACUUGGCCUAUGACAUUGUCCAGAAGUACCUGUUCCUUAUGUCCACUGCUCUUUUCUUUAUUCCGUAUAUGCUGGUCUUUGAGAGUAAGGUGGGCAUGAAACACCUGCAGUAUUUGGCUGGGGUAACUCCGGUCAUGUACUGGUCUGUCCAGUUCCUCUUCGAUCUGAUCAAUUACUUGAUGCUCUGCUACGUCUUCUGGGCGUCGCUUUUGCUGUUUGGCGCGGUGGAAGCCAUCUCCAUCAAAGCGCCUCUUGGGUUAAUUUUUUUGUGCAAUGGCCUGAUGAUGUUACCCUACCUCUACACCAUUCAACAGUUCUUCAACUCUCCGCCUCUGGCUGUAAUGACGGUCCUGUCUAUUAACUAUAUAUUGGGAGAGAUCUACUCCAUCACAGAAUUCUAUUCAGGAGACGAUUCUGAUAACCCUUGUGAUAAUGAGUUCAAGGCCAUCGUGCUUCUCAAGUCUCCCAGCCACUUGUUGCCCAACUCGGCCUGCAAUCUGAUACAGAAUUACAGAGGUCGUAAAUUCUGCUCUCCUCACUACAAGUACUGCAAUAAUCCCUCCAGUCAUAUGUACGUGAAGAUCUGCUGUGAAGAUACUUGCACGAGGGCUUUCGACUGCAACAUUUUCUACGACUACGAUUAUCUGAAUUUAACCUAUCCUGGGGUAGGCAUGAAUCUCAUCGCCAUGACGAUCUACGCCGUCCUCUUUACUACUCUACUUCUGCUGCUCGACUACGGCCUGAUGAGAAGUCUAUGGUUGUUUCUAACGAGCAAGGUUGAAAGAAUUCCAUUCUUUUCUCGCAAGUCGGUGAGCACUCUGGGACUCAGUUUAAACCUAGGAGGUAUCUGUGCCCGCUUGGCUGAGCAACAGGACAAGAUGUUUGACCCGAGAGAGAGAGAGAUGAAAGAUCCAGUGAUCCAGUGUAUCGAUCUGAGUAGGUAUGAAAACGAGAGUGCUGGAGUUCAAAACUUGAACCUGAACAUCGGGAAAAGCGAGGUGAUUUGUAUCGUCGGCUCUGACUCCGGAAGCACGUCUUGCAUCUUGGAUCUUUUAAGUGGCCGGAGCUGGCCCAACAAUGGCCAUGUCUUCAUCAAAGGAAUUCCGCUGACCCCAUUCAACCUUUCAAAAAUUAAUAGUGUGGGUUACUGCCCAGAGAAGAACACAGCCAUUCCGUUUAUGACCGGGCGAGAGAUACUCAGCUACUACGCCACCCUGCACGGUGUGACGUCCCCAAACAAGCAAGAACUGAUCAAACUUUUCCUGAGCGUUUUCAGACUGGAAGAUGCAGCGGACAAGAAAACUGGGGACUAUGGACAUUCCCAAAGACGAAGAUUGAGUCUCGCUGUGUCUUUAGUAGGCGAUCCUGACAUACUUCUUCUGAACGACGCCACCAACAGAUUGGACAAUCAAGGGAAGAUGCUGCUGCGAGACAUGGUGCUGACCCUCAAAAGUUUGGGCAAAACUGUGGUUCUAUCUAGCAAUAACCUCGAGGAUUGCGCCGAUCUGUCCACGAUGCUAGCAUUGAUGGUCAAAGGAAGGUUGGUCGGCCUGAACAGUGCCAGCGCCAUGAGGGAGAUCUUCUGCAACAGCUACACUCUCUUGGCUAAGAUAGACUCUCUUAGCAACCGUGUGUCCACCUCCAUACUGGUGGACUCCCUUCGGCAGAGAUUUACCUCCGCUGUGCUCAUCCACGACCAGGAAGAUUUGAUCCACAUGCACGUGCCCUACAUGAGCGAGACGAUGGCGGAUAUAUUUGCUUUGAUGGAGUCGACUAAGAAACAUCUCAAGAUACUCGACUAUACUGUCCGGCAGACGAACUUAAACCACGUGAUGUAUAUCCUGGAGCAAGGCGACAGGGAGAACGCCCAAGAAAAAACCAAUGACCCCACGGAAGUAACCUCAACCGUUGAUAUAAAGAUGACUCUGUAUCAGGAAACGGAGAACCGGUUUCAAGUAAAUGCCUCUGGCUCCACUUAUGAAACUGCUGCUUAAUGUGGACAUAUCUCACAUCAUGACAUACUGUGAGACAGAAAAAUCUGGAGACACUUUGUGAUGACACUUUAAUUUAUGACACAUUAAGCGACAACUAUUUGUACGCUAUAGACAAUUUCUCUUGUUUCUGUUUAAAUAAAGUAAUACAAUAUCAA